AAUGCGUAUAUUAUAUUAUCGAAUGACUCGAACUGCAAGGGGUUAGAAGACAGGAAGUUCGCACCUACCUAUCUAUCUGUCACUCUCAGCUGAUUCAUUCACCCCGCCGGACGACAUUCAUUUAUUGUAUUUUUGUUUUCUUUUUUUUUUACGCGCAAUGACUUCUAUUUGCUUAAUAUUGUUUCUCAAUGAAAGUUGCUAAGAGAAUUAUCAGACGAAUGUAUAUGUAUUUACGACAAGUAAACAUCAAGACGGUUCAUUGAGUGGAUAAUAGAAAGUGCUAUAAACUCUGCAAUACAAUUUCAAUCGUACCCACGAAUCUGACUGUACUCUGGCCCGAAAUUAUGAUGUGACAGUGUCCAAAGUAUCUGAACGAAGUGAUGGCUUCGAUCUGUCGACGUUGGAGAUUAUGGAUAUUGCCCGUACUGACCUGUUUGUACGCGCUGCUCAUUGUUGUACUCGUACCAAUCCUGCUAGUCAAUUCCAUCAAAACUGGUUUCAAAAAGGAGGAUCAGGGCGCACUGGUGGGUGGUGCUUUUGUCUUGCUAGCAUUACCCAUCGCCUUCUACGAGAUUGUCCAGCACAUGAUCUAUUACACGCAGCCUAGAUUACAGAAAUAUAUAAUAAGGAUAUUAUGGAUGGUACCCAUCUACGCAGUGAAUGCUUGGUUAGGUUUGGUGUAUCCUGCGGGCAGUAUAUACGUGGAUAGCUUAAGAGAAUGCUAUGAAGCUUAUGUGAUAUAUAAUUUCAUGAUGUACCUAUUGGCCUAUUUGAACUCCGACCACCAAUUGGAACAUAGACUGGAGAUCUCUCCUCAAGUGCACCAUAUGUUUCCUCUCUGCUGUCUUCCCAACUGGGAAAUGGGCAGAGAGUUUGUACAUAUGUGCAAGCAUGGUAUUUUACAAUAUACAGCUGUUAGGCCUAUAUCAACUUUAGUAUCAUUCAUCUGCGAAUUGAACGGAGUGUAUGGAGAAGGUGAAUUUAGAGGAGACGUCGCUUUUCCAUAUAUGAUUGCUUUAAACAAUCUGUCACAAUUUGUUGCCAUGUACUGUUUGGUACUCUUUUACCAUGCCAAUGUGGAGGCCUUGAAGCCAAUGAAGCCAAUUGGAAAAUUUCUGUGUAUCAAAGCUGUAGUGUUUUUCUCUUUUUUUCAAGGAGUAUUAAUAGCUCUGUUGGUAUACUUCGACGUUAUAUCAAGUAUUUUUGGUACAGACGAUACAGAUCACAUCAGAAAUAUAUCGUCCAAGUUGCAGGAUUUUCUAAUUUGUAUAGAGAUGUUUUUAGCCGCGGUAGCGCAUCAUUACAGCUUUUCCUACAAACCAUUUGUCAAUUUAGCGCAGGGUCAAGCAUGGUGGGACGCAUUUAGAGCAAUGUGGGAUGUUUCUGAUGUGCAUAAUGACAUAAAGGAACAUUUGGGUGUCGUCGGCUCGUCUUUAAGCCGCAGGAUACGUGGACGCGGUGCAUAUCAGCAGGCUUGGGGAAGCGCGACGGAGCGUACGUCGCUCUUGCCUGAGGCCACGGUGAUAAGCCAGGCCAGAAGUGCGCCUACCUGCUCAUUCUCGGGUUACAACACAACCGAGGCUGGACUGAAUAAUAAUCCAUCCAUCGCAGAAUCAGAGGAGGCGACCCCGGACGCGCAGGAUAAUAGUAAUACUAUUAAUACGUAGCCGAUAUGUCUGAAUCCAUCCGCGCGAAAACGGUACUCAAUUGCGGUGCGUUAUGAAACCGGCAUAUUUUGACGGGAUUAUAUCUUAGUAUUAUUUUUUAAGCCGAAAAAAGUACAUAGUUUUGCAACAGCAUUCUUUCCAACGCUAUUGUACAAAUCAUCAAAGUCACUUAUUAUCACAUCACAUAUCGCAUUGGGACGCAAUGUUCCGAUGUCAUGAGAUGUCCUUUUCAUGAUUAAUGCGGGAACAAUUUUUUCUUAGUAAAAACAUUGAGACAAUAUUUUCUUACAUUUUAUCAAAAAUUAUGUAAAAAAUAUAAAAAUAAUUUUAUUGUUUAUAAUUUCGAGUCGAAAAUAUAAAAAUAAUUUUAUUGUUUAUAAUUUCGAGUCGAUCUGAAAAAUUGAAAAGAACAUCUAGUGGUUUCGGAGCAUUCUAUUUAAUGUUUACGACUUUAAUGGUUACUAAGAAAUUUGAUACAAUAAGUAGUGAAUUUUGUGAAGAGCAUAAAUUGCUCACUACGUCCUCAUUUUGCGAAAGUCACUCGUACGUAUAUGUUACCAAUGAUGUACUACCAAAUAAUGUACAUACAUUUAUAUAUAUAUACAUAGAGAAGUACUGUAUCUCUAGAAUAUUUGUACAUACCUCGAACGACCAACGCAUCAAAUUUUAUUACACAUUCGACACAAAUGAUGUUAUUUUUUUCUCGAUAUAUGGAACAGAAAUUACAGGAACGAACCAU